AUGGCCAUCCGCGCAAGUAGCCAGAACCAUAACCCUGGCGCUGCUCGGCUUCCGCGUCGGGUCGCGGUUCAAUCUGAUCCUGUCAGCCGGGAGGCGCAUACAGACUUGGCCAACGACGCGGCAGCGCGAGAACAGAAUCUGGACCGCUCCGACCCGACAAUAUUCACCGAAGGGCAUGGUCGCGAAUCACCGAACCCUGAAGUGGACCUAUCAGGCACCGUUGGCUGGUUCACGACAUUGACUCCGAUUUACGCUUACGCUGAAGACAGCGAUAGUUUGAUAGAUGUCAUACGGAAAAUAAAAGAUGUACGUAGGCGAAUCCCCGGGAAUGGCCAGCCAUAUUUCGCCUCACGAUUCUUCAAUGAUUCGGCUUGGGCAGAAUUCCGAAAGCAUGAGAAGAUGGAGAUCGUUGUGAACUUUAUCGGAAGCACCAGUCACUUAAGACAGCCUGGAUCAUCAUUCCGCAUGGAAGAUUUAGAAGGAGACUCCCUAGCGAGAUUCGGUCAGGGUGUCAAUCGUCUGGCGAUCUUCGAAAUAACCAUUGAAGCGAAAGAGGAUGGACUACACGUACUAGAUGAGUUGGUGAGAACCCAGCUGAGGUUAAUCACGCCCAACUUGGACAAUAUCCAGGAUGUAUACCCCUGUUCGCCAAUGCAACAGGGUAUUUUAUUAGAAAUCAGCCAUGUGUUGGUCGACGCGACAUCGAUUUUCGUCCUGCUUCGAGAUUUAGCCCUGGCGUAUGAUGGAUCUUUGUCAUUAGUUCCUGGUCCUUCAUACCGCUCCUAUGUUGAAUAUAUCGCGCAGCAAAAUCGGAUCCUGAACAUUGAGUAUUGGAAAAGCUACCUUGAUGGUGCCGAGAUAACACACUUUCCUCAGCUUGAAGGAGAUAAAAUGUCCAUGUCAACAGGGAUUGUUUCUUUUGAAAUUCCUGAUCUCGUGUCUCUUCUCCAAUUCUGUUCCACAUAUCAAUUAACCCAGGCGAGCGUGUUCCAGACUGCUUGGGCGCUGAUAUUACACAAGUACACCAACUUGGAUCACGUAUGUUUCGGGUACCUUUCUGGAGGAAGAGACGCACCUAUUGAUGGCAUCGAAGAUGCUGUGGGGACCUUUGUCAAUAUGAUGAUCUGCCAUCAAUCGCUAGCAAGCUCAACAGUCAUCGUUGAUGCGGUGUCGAAAGUGCAGGACGACUUCCUAAAUGGCCUUGGGCACCAGCAUUGUGCAUUAGCUGACAUGAUAGCGGGAGCGGACCUUCCGAGCGAUCUGUUUAAUACUGUCAUGUCCUACCGACACGGCUUUUCAGAAUCUGACCUGAAUCCGAGAAUGCUUAGAUUCGACGGUAUGAGAGGGGACGAUCCCACGGAGUACGACAUCCUUCUCAACAUCGAAUGCGGACACAACAAGAUACUCGUAUCCAUGCGCUAUUCUUUAUCCAUAAUGUCAUCUGAAGUAGCGGCGAGUGUUGGGAACGCCUUUUUGCAGGUAAUUGAGUCCAUUGUGAGUGAUAGACUUAACACCAUAUCCGACAUCUCACUCCUCCAUGACCGAGAUCGGCGUAUAUUCGAUGAAGCAAACGGGUCACUUCCUGAAACCGUGUCUGCAACUGUUCACGACUCUGUUAUACAACAAACUAAGCGCCGACCCAAUUCAGACGCAAUGACAUCUUGGGAUGGUAAUUUGACAUACACGCAACUUGAUAAACUUUCUUCAAGUCUUGCAGAGCAUUUGAUAUCUCUCAAUGUGGGGUCGCAGGUCCGAAUAGUCCCUAUAUGUUCCGAAAAGUCUUUGUGGGCUGUUGUUUCUAUGCUUGCCGUUUUGAAGACAGGUGCUGUAUUCGUCUGCCUACCCAUCAAUCAUCCUAUCCAACGCCUCGAAACCAUAUUAAGGGAGAUCGAGGCUCCCAUGAUAUUAACGAGCACCACACAAGGAGGCCGUUUCUUGAAUUCUGCGCUGUCUAUCAUAUGCUUGAGUUCGGGAUUUUUACACAACCUUCCCACCCCUUCGCGACAGCUGCCCAAGGUCGAUCCGGAAGAUACAGUUUUUUUGAUGUUUACAUCAGGAAGCACUGGGCGGCCAAAAGGUAUAUUGAUUUCCCAUCAAUCGCUAUGUUCCAGCGCCGCAGCCCAUGGCCAGCGCUGGGACAUUGAUUCUCAAAGCAGGGUAUUCCAGUACGCAGCCUUUACUCACGACGUGAGUAUAACGGACGUAUUUACAACAUUGAUUCGUGGAGGCUGUGUUUGCAUUCCAUCUGAAGAGCAGAGAAUGGAUGAUAUCGCAGGUGCUAUGCGGAAUAUGCGAGUCAAUUGGUGUUUCCUCACCCCUAGCGUUGCAGAUUUGUUACAACCAGAAGAAGUUCCAAGUCUUCGAACGCUUGUCCUCGGCGGAGAGGCAGCUACAAUUGAGAACAUCAAUUGUUGGGCACACGCAGUGAAAUUGAUUAUUUGCUAUGGACCAGCUGAAUGUUCCGUGUACGCCACUGGAACCGACUCUGUGUUGAAAACCUCCGACCCAACGAAUAUCGGCAGACCAAUAGGCUGCAGAGUUUGGAUAGUUGAUCAGUCUGACCAUCGUUCCCUAUUACCUCUCGGUGCUGUUGGCGAAAUUCUCAUUGAAGGGCCAGGCACAUACGACGUAUCAUGGUGCUCGUCGCAUGAGCAGCAACAGAUGACAGUGGUUCAAAAGAAGUUGCGUAUCAUGUGGGCUAGUUAUCUCGACCUCGCCGAACAUUCAAUAGGUAUAAACGAUAACUUUUUUAACCUUGGUGGUGAUUCUGUCUCCGCAAUCCGCCUCGCCAGCGCCGCUCGUUCCAAUGGGAUUUCUCUUACAGUCUCUGAUAUAUUUCGAUGUCCCACUCUACUCAGUAUGGCUGCAGCUUCCAAGGAGACGAACUGUAAGGAGGAUGAAGCAGUGAUACCGUUUUCAUUAUCUAACAUCGAACAAAAUGAUUUAUCGCAGAAACUACAUGAGAUCGCAUUUGUUUGCGGGAUUCAACCGAAUCAAAUCGAAGAUAUCUACCCCUGUUCCCCCCUUCAAGAGGGCCUCCUGGCCUUGAGCAUGCAAACCCAAUCAGCCUAUACCCUGAGGAGGGUUUUUCGUCUUGGGUCGAGAAUUGACCUUGAAGAGUUCAAAAAUGCAUGGCAAACUUUUAUCAAUGCCUUACCUAUUCUCAGAACCCGAGUUGUUAAGAUUGAGUCAGGCUUUUCGCAAGUCGUGAUCAAGGAGAACGACAUUACAUGGCGCGAAGAGAGUUCUCUGGACAAAUUCGUUGAAUGCGAUUCAAAUAUGAGUAUCUCAGACGGCGCUCCGCUCCACCGCUUGGUAUGGUUAUCGAUGAUGCUGGCGGCAGGUACUUCAUAUGGACUGUUCAUCACGCGAUCUUCGAUGCAUGGAGCAUAG